CUCGAGUCUUCAUCUUUUAUACCCUCCCCUUCUCCCACCGCACCUCAACUUGGGUUGUCGUUGUGUGUGUUGUCUGGCCUUCCUCCUUUAUUGCCACAACUAGGACAGGACUCUCCCCAAACGUCCACCAUGGCCGCCAUCAUGCCCACUGCGGGCCUCCAGCCCAUUGGCAUUGACAACGACGUUAUCAAUACCGCUGUCGACAAGGAGGCUGAGGAGCUCGAGAAGCCCCAGAUUCGUGAACGAGUCUGGGGUUUCGCAGCACGUAUCGACCCCACCGUUACCUUCGAGGAGUACCAAUACUGGGCCAAGAUCGAGCGAGAGGAAGAGUACCAAGCCAACCUCGAGUUCAAGGCUGAGCGUGGCCCCAGAACCAUCCAGAACACCUUCCUGGGUCGCUUCUCAAAGGGUAUCCACCACGAGAACAAGAAGAAGGCUGAGGCUGCUGCUGCUUCUGAGAACAGCGGCACCGCUUCUCCUGACGAGAAGACUGGUGUCACUACUCGCAAUGCCAGCCUCCCCACCGAGGCCGAGUGGAAGCAGGCUUCUCGUGCCAUGAGAACUGCCAGUUGGGGUACCAUGUUCUAUCUCAUCACAACCGAUAUUCUGGGUUGGUCAUCCACCCCUUUCGUCUUUGCCAGUGUUGGAUUCGGCCCUGGUGUCGCUCUGUACAUUGUCUUUGGUGCCGCCGCCGCUUUCUCUGGUUUCAUUCUGUGGAAGGUCUUCCUUGGUCUCGACUCAUCACGCUUCCCCAUGGUCUCAUUCGGUGAUACCUACUUCCGCGUUUACGGUCCCUUUGCUCGCCACUUCAUCAAUGUCGCCCAAGCCAUCCAGCAGUUCAUGACAGUCGCUGUCUUGAUUCUCGGAAGUGGCACAACUAUUGCUCAGUUGGCUAGUGAGAAGAUUUGCUUCAUCGCCUGUCUCAUCAUCUUCAUGGUGGUCGGCAUGAUUUUCGGUAGCAUCCGAUCUCUUCAGCGUAUCGGUUGGCUCGCCAAUCUGUCUGUCUGGAUCAACAUUGUCUCCUUCAUCAUCAUUAUGAUGGUGUACAGCUACGGCGGUGCUCUUCUGUUCAUUGCCUUCCUCGCUGAGAUGCGUCACCCUUGGGAUUUCUGGAAGGGCAUGCUCUGCGCUCAGACCUUCAUCUGCGUUGUCUACAUCUUCUUCGGUGCCUUUGUUUAUGGUCACUACGGACAGUACUCUGCUUCCAACAUCAACACUGUCAUUCAGCCUUUCAGCCUGCAGUCUGCCAACAACGUCUUGGGUUUGAUAACAGGAGCUAUUGCUUGUCUCAUGUACAUGAACGUCGGCAUGAAGACUGUCUACGUUGAGGUCUUCCAGGAGAUUCUCGGUCUCCCCCCGAUCACCACCCGCAAGGGCCGCUGGUUGUGGUACGCCCUGGGACCCAUUUACUGGGCCCUUGCUUUCGUCGUCGGCGCUGCCGUCCCCAACUUGAACGGUAUCUCUGGCAUUGUCGGCGCUCUUCUCAUCCUCAACUUCACCUACACCUUCCCCGCCUUCCUCUACAUCGGAUACCGCGUCAAGGUCGACGCUGCUCUGCCUGGUGAAGGUUUCGACCCCGCCACUGGUGUCACCACUCGUCACGACGCUGGUUGGAAGCGCUGGGCCCGUGGAUUCAAGGUCAACUGGCACAUCAACAUCAUCAACAUCAUCUACUUCCUCGGUGGUCUCGUCUGCUCUGGCAUGGGUUCCUGGGCUGCCAUUGUGGGUCUUAUCGAGAUCUUCGGACCUGGAGGUACUGUCGCUACAUCAUUUGGAUGUGCUGCACCUGUGUAAAUACUUUUUAAUAUCUUGCUCGUAAAUAACUCUUGAGCCUAUAUACCAAUACCUUUUCUAUUCUUGAAAUAAAAAGUCAAUCAAGUU